UCCUGCUCAAUCACCAUGCAGAACAUUGGAGUCAUGUCAACCUACCUCUUUAUUAUCAAAUAUGAGCUGCCCGUUGUUAUUCAGACUUUUACUGGAGCAAAUAAUGGUGAAUGGUACAUUAAUGGAGAUUACCUUGUUCUGCUGGUUUCGGUUAUUAUAAUCCUGCCCCUCUCUCUGCUUAAGAAUUUGGGUCAUCUUGGUUACACCAGUGGUCUGUCUCUUCUCUGCAUGGUGUUCUUCCUGAUUGUGGUGAUUAUUAAGAAAUUCGAGAUACCGUGCCCUUUGCCUCUGACUGAUCAUGUGAAUGAAACCUUGCUGAACAUCACCCACCACAGCGACAACACCACCACCGAUGAUGACACCUGCAGACCUAAAUAUUUUGUCUUUAACUCACAGACUGUCUAUUCUAUUCCCAUUGUUACCUUUGCCUUUGUGUGCCACCCUACCAUCCUACCCAUGUACGAGGAGCUCAAAGACCGCUCACGCAGAAAGAUGCAGAAUGUUGCCAACGUGUCCUUCCUGGCCAUGUUCAUCAUGUACCUGCUGGCCGCCCUUUUCGGAUACCUCACCUUCAACAUCCAUGUGAAACCUGAACUGUUCCACACCUACUUCAAGUACUUCAAGCAUGAUGUCCUCCUGUUGGUGGUUCGUCUGGCUGUACUGGCUGCUGUCACACUCACAGUCCCUGUGGUGCUCUUCCCUAUUCGUACCUCCAUCAGCCACCUGCUGUUCUCAACCAAGGACUUCAGCUGGAUCCGACACAUUAUUAUCACUGUAAUCCUGCUUGCAGGAACCAACACUCUGGUCAUCUUUGUCCCCAGCAUCAGAGAUAUCUUUGGCUUCAUCGGUGCCUCUGCUGCUGCAAUGCUCAUCUUCAUCCUGCCCUCAGCUUUUUAUAUCAAACUUGUCAAGAAGGAGUCAAUGAUGUCAAUGCAAAAGAUUGGGGCCAUAUUGUUCCUGAUAUUAGGAUUCUUUGUCAUGUUUGGCUGCAUGACUCUGAUCAUUAUGGACUGGAUCUCCAACAGUGAGGUCGCCGAUCAGGGCCACUGAUGCUCCAGCUCUUCUGCUUGCGAGACACUGAAACACAGAUUUUCUUUCAAGCUUGUUUUCUAUACUGCCAAAAUAGUGGUUUCCUAGAGAUCAUACAGUUUGUCA